AUGAGGGCAUUUGUGACCGUGGGUACCACGCAAUUUCAGAGCCUGACAGACGCUGUCGUUGCAGAACCUGUUCUUGAGGCACUGCACCGGGAUGGCAUCACCGAAUUGCACAUUCAACACGGGCGAGCCCCGGCGCCAGAACCCGCGACAAAGAUCCCGGAUGGCCUGCGCAUCGAGACCUUUGAUUUCAAGCCGUCCUUGCAGCAGGAAAUCCUGAACGCCGACCUCGUGAUCGGACACGCAGGAGCGGGCACGAUCUUAGAAACGCUUGAAGCGGGCAAGCCCAUGAUUAUUGUGGUAAACGAGGAGCUCAUGCAUAACCAUCAAAUCGAGCUGGCGCAGGCCAUGGCUGACAGCGGGCACGCUCUCUGCUGCAAUCCCAAGUGA